AACUUGGCAGCACAGAGUGCAUAUGAGUCAACUUGUUAAAGAGCCACACGUACAAAUAGUACAAUAAAUCGUACAAAAUUUCGAAUUUGCGCUGGAUUCUGAAGGAGAGGAGUAUAGUGAUAUCGACGAACAUCUCGAUUUCAAUUCCACGGAGCGCACACCACUCUUGCCCAAGGUCAAAGCGAAACGAGUAUUGAAAAUCGAACGCCGUUUUGUGAAGCCAAAACUAAAGCAAUUGGCAUCUCAGCUGCUUGCCAAAGAUUAUAAGCGUGGCCAAGGUCAAUUCAACUACCAGAAGUUAAGCCAAACACUUACCAAGCCUAACAAAUACUCAAAGAUGUCGGCACCGUCUACCUCUGCCGCAAGUGAUGCUGCCGCUGCGUUGGCUGGAAGUCUGCAGUUGCCGCCACUACGGACGUUGGAUGACUUUGUGCUAGGGUCGGCUCGAUUCCAGUUGCCCAAUCUGAAGGACUUCGACAAGUGGGGUAAUCGGGUGGUCAAAAACCUGCUGUACUACCAAACCAAUUACUUUUUGGUCUUUCUGGCCGUCUACGUGCUGAUGAUUGUAAUUAAUCCAACCAAGAUCAUCAGUGGCUUGAUAGUCCAGGCCCUCAUAAUUGCUGUCAUUUGGCAGUUCUUCAGCUCAAAAUCGAAGAAGAACUUUAUUGCAAGCCGCCUCACCGGCGGCAAUGCCGUACUCUCCGCCCAGAGUGAGCAGCAAAAGUGGUAUAUACUGGCGGGUGCUUUGUUGGCCGGCUAUCUUUUUUUGCAUAUGAUAAGCGCGGUGCUGUUGACGGCUUUUACUCUGCUGCUUCCCAUCUCGAUGACAUUUAUCCACGCCUCGUUGAGGUUGCGCAAUAUUAAGAACAAGCUGGCUAAUACUAUUGAAAGCUUUGGUCCCUCCACGCCAAUGGGCGCACUGUUAGAUGCCUUGAAUGUGCGCGCUGAUGGAGUGAUUAACUAAGGAGCUGAGUGCCGGAGCUCUUUGUUGGCCAUGUUUGAUAUUUGUUCGUAGUUACAUGUAUGCAUGUUGAUGCUUUAAAUCACUGUAUUAUUAUAUACUACUAGCUGAUCGUUUUUAUCAAUUAAAAAAUUAUGAUUUU